AUGUCGUAUAAACCAACAGCCUUCAUCAAGCAUGUUAUGACAGCACCACAUUCAGAACUUGUUAUUGGAUCCAGAAAGUGUGCUGCCAAUCCACAAGUCAUCAAUCUUGGCACAGCACAAAGUCAUCUCUUGAAUGACUUUCUUUUACCAUUAAUGAGGAGUCGCCCCGAGUUCACAGGAUGGGAUUUCACAUAUGCUGGCUCAUAUGUUAAAACAAAUCUCAAGAAAGCAAUCGCUCAUCUUUAUGAAAAACAUUUUGGAAUGAAAAACGUCAAUCCAGAUCACAUUAUCGUUGGAAGUGGUAUCGCAUACUUGGUAGAGAUGCUUUCAUUAGCAUUCUGCGAACCAGGAGAAAAGAUUUUAAUCCCAGAACCAUGCUAUGGCUGUUUCGAGCCAGAUAUGUGGUCAUCUGGUGCUAAAGUACAGUACAUUGACCUAGAUAACCUUCCAGCGGAGCCACCAGCUGAUGCAAGAAUUUUAUUAUUAACAAAUCCAGGAAAUCCAAUCGGCGAACCUGUUCCAAACCAAGACGAAUUACUUACAUGGGCAAUGAAGAACCCUCUUCUCCAUGUUAUUACUGAUGAAAUCUACGGUCUUAGUUUCCGAGACGGAACUAACUUUGUUUCAAUGAUGGAAAACAAAUUUGUCGAUCCAAAGCGCAUCCACCAUCUCUAUGGUGUAUCAAAAGAUUGGGGAAUGGCCGGUUUGCAUGUCGGAUUCUUUUAUACAAGGAAUGAUGCUUUAUUUGAAGCAUUAAAUGAGGCAUGCACAGGAUAUUCCCUUCCAAGUGAUACGAAGCAGUAUCUUGAGAAGAUUUUCUGCAAUUACGAACUUGUUGAUAAAAUGAUCGAAGCUUCAAGAGAAAGACUCACUAAAGCUGAAGAAACAGCAAUCAGGAUCAUUAAAGAAGGUGGAAUUCCUUACAAGAAAUCACCUGCUUCCUUGUUUAUGUUACUUGAUUUAACGGAUAUUGCCAAGAAUGCAGAGGAAGAGAAGAAACUAUGGUUAGAACUGAUUGAUAGGUUCAGUGUUCACGUCCUUCCUGCAUAUAAUGGAUUUAGAUACAAAUAUCCUGGCUGGUUCAGACUUUGUUUCUCUCUCGACGAACCACAGCUUGUUGAGGGAUGCAACAGAUUAGUCAAUGCUGUGAAAACACUUAGAACUGAGCGUGCUAAAUAA